AUGGCGACCGAGUUGACCGUCCAGUCCGAGCGCGCCUACCAGAAGCAGCCUCACAUCUUCCUCAACCACAAGUCGAAGGCUGCGAAGAGCCGAAGAGUCGGCAAGGGUGGACGAAGAUGGUACAAAGAUGUCGGUCUCGGCUUCAGAACGCCCAAGACCGCCAUUGAGGGACACUACAUCGACAAGAAGUGCCCUUUCACCGGCAUGGUUUCGAUCCGAGGCCGUAUCCUUACCGGCACCGUCGUUUCGACCAAGAUGCACCGAACCUUGAUCAUCCGCCGAGAAUACCUCCACUUCGUCCCCAAGUACGCCAGAUACGAAAAGAGACACACCAACCUUGCCGCUCACGUUUCCCCUGCUUUCCGUGUUGAAGAAGGUGAUAUGGUCACCGUCGGCCAGUGCAGACCUCUGAGCAAGACUGUCCGAUUCAACGUUCUCCGUGUGUUGCCCCGAACUGGCAAGGCCGUCAAGGCUUUCAAGAAAUUCUAG